GGGGUCGGCUGGUGUAGUCAUGCUCUGCUCCUGCGGUUAGUGCGCGUUUGCCAUCGGUGGAAAAAUCUCGUAAUUCGAAAUCUUCUUGGCCCAUUGGCCGUAUACUCUGUGGAUGCUGACAGUGUAAUGCUUGAUAGAAUAAUAAAUAAUAUUGUAUAGAAGAGGGAGGAAGAGAAAUGUGCCCGAGCUGCCAUAAAUAAAGUGCGGAUUUCAAACGAGACGAUAAAUCUCAGUAUUCCCGAUUCGAGCACGCAAUCGAAGCGGCAUCCGAGACAAAAGGAAUCCGCGCAGCCAGGUUAUCACCUUACGGUUCGGCAGAGAUCGUCUUUGGCCGGUUAAUGGGUCAACCACGAUGAGGAUGAUAUGUUGCUGCCGGAUCAGACGUACGCGGACUACGACGUGGGCCAGCAUCAUCAGCAUCUGACCUACCGCAAGAGCCGCCGCAGUCGGUCGCCGCAAUCCAAGCAGCGCUCCAAGAGCUCCAGUGCCAGCAGCAGCAGCUAUGAUCGCACGGCGGAUUUCUUUGAGAAUAUCCCGGAUUUCGUGGGCGAUUCCCUGCCCUCGUUUCUCUACAGCCCCCAGGGGCAGGAACCUACGCCAGAGCGGAAUGAGAGUAAGCGAAAUGAGGGUCAACGGAAUGGGAGUCGGAAUGAGGUGGUGGCGGAGGAGGAAAACAGCGAGAGCACCAGUCAGAGCGAGAAUUGCGAGGACGAUGAUGUCCUCAAACUGUGCGAGGACUUUCUCUGUCGCCAUCGCAUGCGUCCGGACUUCUUCUGUCAGUACCACAAGGCAGUCAGUUCCACCACACCAUCGCCGAAACAAAGAAAAGCCUCGCCCGCUAUUGUGGACACCACUGCCCCGUCCUCAGGUGUGGCCGCAGCGGAGGUAAAGGAGCAAAAAAUAUCCAAGGAGCCCAUUUCCAGCAAAAUCAGCGCUGUGGUUGAGCGAUUCACAAAGUUCUCGGCUAUUUACACGCUGCCAGUGGCAAAGCGAAAGAAGUCGUGCAACAAGACAACGGGUAAUAUAACAGAUGCUUCAUCAUCCAACGAGGCAGUGCAUCUGCAACAGCGACUCAAGAGCCUGAGCACUGAGCUGGUGACGCUGCGCAAUCGAUUGCAUGUGGGCCAGGGUCAAGGACAGGCACAAGGUCAGAGCAAUGGCGGCCAGAAUCACGGCUCCACCGGGAGUGGCGGCGGGGCCAAUGUGGGUCCCAAGGCCAACAACUUUGACCUGAAUGCAUCCAGUCCGAAUCUGAAUCUAAGCUCCGGAGGAGCCGGCCUCUCGGCCAGUGCCCUGCAACAGCAUACCAAUGGCCACCACACAGUGUCCAAGCAUUCGCACAACUUUAGCCAUACUCUGCCGGCCAAUGCGGGCUCUGGGACGGUGGUGUCGGCGCGAAACACAUCGAUUCCACACCCACUGCCGCAUCAGUUGGGCGAGAAGACGGCCUUGUCGCACCAUCAGAGCCAUGGAGCGUCGACUGGCACGCUACCCCACAUGAGCAGCAUGGGAAACAUCCUCGGCCAUGGUUCCCACUCACACUCGCACUCGCACUCCAACUCCCAUUCCCACUCCAAUUCCAACACACUGCCGAUGCGGUCCUCCAACUCCAACGGAAUGGGAGCGGCGGCGAUUUCGAACGGAGGAGGAGGAGGAGGAGGAGCUGGAUCCCAGCAUCAGUAUUCGCAUGGCCAUGGCCAACAGUUGCCAUUCAUACCCGGACCGAAGCAUGCGAAUCCUUGCCAGAGCGUGAAAACCCUACCAUUUGGCUUUGGAUUCGCGCCUCAUCCAUCCGCCAUGGGUCACCAACAGAGGUUGCAGCAGGUCAGCGUCUUGCCAAAAUUGGCGCAGGACAUGCAGGACCUGAUUCAUCUGCCCGGACCCCUCACCGAGCAUGCCGUUAUGCGUACGCUUGAGGCCCGCUUCAACGAGCAGCGGUACUUUACAAAUGUGGGACCUAUAUUGCUCUCCAUCAAUCCCUAUCUGGAUGUGGGCAAUCCCCUCACACUCACCUCCACACGGUCCAUGCCCCUGGCACCACAACUGCAGAAGAUCGUCCAGGAGGCAGUGCGUCAGCAGAGCGAGACCGGCUAUCCGCAGGCCAUCAUCCUGUCGGGCACCUCGGGAGCCGGAAAGACAGCUAAUGCUAUGCUGAUGCUCCGCCAGUUGUUCGCCAUUGCUGGCGGUGGACCAGAGACGGAUGCCUUCAAGCAUUUAGCAGCUGCGUUUACGGUGCUUCGGUCCCUCGGCUCGGCCAAGACCACCACCAACUCCGAGUCGAGUCGCAUCGGCCAGUUCAUCGAGGUCCAGGUGACGGAUGGGGCUCUCUAUCGCACCAAAAUCCACUGUUAUUUCCUGGACCAGACGCGUGUCAUCCGCCCCCUGCCCAAGGAGAAGAACUAUCAUAUUUUCUACCAACUGCUGGCGGGACUCAAUCGAGAGGAGCGCCAGAAGCUUCACUUGGAGGGUUACUCCCCCUCGAAUCUGCGCUACCUUCGCGGCGAACCGAACUACCAGAACGAGCAGGAGGAUGCGGUGCGCUUUCAGGCCUGGAAGACGUGCCUUGGCAUAUUGGGUAUACCGUUUCUGGAUGUGGUACGGGUUCUGGCCGCCGUCCUGCUGCUGGGAAAUGUUCAGUUUAUCGACGGUGGGGGGCUUGAGGUGGAUGUCAAGGGUGAAACGGAGCUGAAUUCGGUGGCCAGUCUUUUGGGCGUACCUCCAGCCGCUCUCUUCCGUGGCCUGACCACCCGCACCCACAAUGUCCGGGGUCAGUUGGUCAAGUCCGUGUGUGGGGAUGGAGAUGCCAACAUGACGAGGGAUUGCCUGGCCAAGGCUCUCUACUGCCGUACGGUGGCCACGAUUGUGCGUCGGGCGAAUAGCCUGAAGCGUCUGGGCUCCACUUUGGGAACCCUGAGCUCCGAUUCGAACGAAUCCGUGCACAACCAGGCGGAUGCUGCCUCGCAGCAUGCCUCCACCAUUGGCGGCGGAAACGCUGGCUCCAAAUCGAUGGCAGCUCUCAACAAUGCAGUGAGGCAUGCAACGGAUGGUUUCAUCGGCAUAUUGGAUAUGUUUGGGUUCGAGGAACCCGCGCCGCACGCCCAGCUGGAGCACCUCUGCAUCAACCUGUGCGCGGAGACAAUGCAGCAUUUCUACAACACACACAUUUUCAAGUCCUCGGUGGAGUCCUGCCGCGACGAGGGCAUCGUGUGUGACACCGAGGUGGACUACGUGGACAACGUGCCGUGUAUUGAUUUGAUAUCCUCGCUUCGCACGGGUCUGCUGAGCAUGCUGGAUGCCGAGUGUUCGGUGCGGGGCACUGCAGAGAGCUAUGUGACCAAGCUGAAGGUACAGCAUCGCUGCUCCACUCGCCUAGAGACGAAACCCACCGCUGAGCCGCACGAUCCGCGGAUGUUUCUCAUCCGUCACUUUGCGGGCCGUGUGGAGUACGAUACCACGGAUUUUCUGGACACCAAUCGGGAUGUGGUGCCGGACGAUUUGGUGGCGGUUUUCUACAAACACAGCUGCAACUUUGGCUUUGCCACACAUCUCUUUGGCUCAGAGUUGAAGGCGCUCUACGCACAGCAGCAGGCGCCGCGAGGUCUCAGCUUCCGCAUAUCGCCCACCUCCCACUCGGACUUGCUCAACGGGGACGAGCCCGUCUCCACGCUGACUCAGGACUUCCACACGCGACUGGACAACCUGCUGCGCACGCUGGUCCAUGCCAGGCCCCACUUUGUGCGCUGCAUCAGGAGCAAUGGAGCCGAGCAGGCAGGCACCUUCGACAGGGCCACCGUUGUCCGGCAGAUCAGGUCGCUGCAGGUCCUGGAGACCGUCAACCUGAUGGCCUCAGGCUUCCCGCAUCGCAUGCGAUUCAAGCAAUUCAAUGCCCGCUAUAGGAUGCUGGCUCCCUUCCGCCUGCUGAGGCGCAGCGAGGACAAGGCUCUAGAGGAUUGUCAACUGAUCCUGCAGUAUGCCAUGGAGCAGCCUCCGGUUCUGGAUGGCUCUGUGACAUUGGCCUGGGCGCCGGGCAAGCGACAUGUCUUCCUCAGCGAGGGUAUUCGCCAGCAUUUGGAGCACCUGCGCACGGAGAUACGUCACAAGAGCGCAACCCUCAUGCAGGCCACAUGGCGGGGCUGGUGGUGGCGCAAGAAGAUGGGCAAUGGGGUCAAACGUACGCGUAUGACCCACCAUUUGCCCUCGCCAUCGGCCGCACCACUGCCAGUGACCAAACCACCCACCCAUUCUCACAAUUCCCACAACUCCCAGAGCAAAUCGGCAUCCACAACGAUGGCUGCCUUGGCGGCAGUGGCUGCUGCAGCUCCAACGACAGUGCCACGCCUCUCGGCAAAGUCUACGAAUCUCGGGAUUGGAGGAACGGUGACCAGGCCAAGACCACAGCCGAUUGCUGGGACUCCACCGCCAGAUCCGCAUGAGAAAUGCGACCAGAAGAUUAUACAGCAAACCUGCAGUCUGUUUGGACUGGAUCUGGAACGUCCACCGCCAGUGCCACCCUCUCGAUCCUAUACGAUCAGCGGAAAUUCGAAGCUGGGAUAUCCGCAAAGUCGCCUCAUGAAGAUGAGCUUUCCCGAGGAUCCCCCCACAGCUGGGCAAUCAGAGUCGCAGCAGCUGAAGAAGGGCGAAACGGUGACGGUGGUGGGGGCCUCCAGCGGCAGGGGACAUUUGCUGGUGGAGCACAAGGGUCAGAGCUAUCACGUGCCCUUUCAGUACAUGGAACUGUCUGUCGGCAAUGCUAACGCUAAUGGGAGUGCACUUCCUGCCGUACAGGCGAACGGUGUUAAGAUCUAAGGGCGUGAUGCUCGAAGAAGACUGUACAUAUUCAAUUUUGUAAUCUAAGCAUUCACACAUUAAUUUAUACAAAACGAAACCCAUUAAUGCCCCGAGGUGCUCGUUGACGCAUUCACGUAGUAUUAUUUAAAGUGUUUUUUCGAUAGGUUGUAGCUUCAAUCGCAUAUACCCACAAGUGCCAAUCAAAUAAGUUCUUCCAUCUAUUCCAUAAGUGACUAUUAUAAGUGACUGAGAUUACAUUUCGGCAGAAUUGACAGGCCAACAAUUACAUGAUAAUCACCCGUACAUUUGUACUCCUCUAUAGAGGAAUUGUAUUGGUGUUAAACUUAAGAUUCAUUACUUCAUUCAAAUAAAAGAAGCAUGCAUUGGAAAAC